AUGUCGCCCGACUUUGCUAGUCAGUCCGCCUGGUCCGACGUCAACAUCUCAGACGCUGACACCGAACAGAUGAUCAACACUCUUCUCACGGAUGCCGUCGACGUUUCCGCCAACACGAACCGCGAUCGUGACGACAACGACUCCUUUGCUUCGGCUUGGCCCGGCUCCUCCGUCUCGGACCUCCUCGGCGCCAACGCCUCUCACUUCGGCCACUCGCCUUCGCACCCUCUUGGCGUCUCGCCCAGCAUCGCCAGCCAGUACCAGGCUUAUUUCCCGUCAAAGUCCAGCCACGCUUGGGCGCUACCGUCUGACUUUUCUACCACGCUCCCGUCCGCUGGCUCUAACCUCGACAACAUGUACCGCACGCUCAGCGAUGGCAUGCUUCCGAGCCUGUCGAGCAGCACAACUUUAACAGGCACUUCUCAGGAGGUGCGAACCGAUGCGGGUCGACCUCUCGGCUCCCACUUGACCACAAGCAUGCCCGUCGACGACAUGGCCGACCACACCCUUACUGCUACCAAGGAUUUGGCCUCCACGCCGCAUCUCAGCUCGGGUGGCCUUGAUCUACGGCCAUCGCCUUUGGUGACCAACACCACCCUUACCGGAUACCAUACCAACAUCGCUACCGACCACGCUGCUCAUCUUGCCGAUCUCGUCAAGGCGAGCAACAUAAUCAGCGCUGGCCACCCAGGCCCUCGCUCGCUUGCCUCCAGCCUCAGCCGCUCCGUUUUGAACGCCGACGCCAUAGGUCGCCCCGACGCUUCCUCCUUCGAAGCAGGCCGUCCGCAACAAAAGGGCCUCACCAUUCAGCAACGUCGUCGACUCAGCCACAUGGCAACGACCCCUCCACCCAACGUCGCAUCUUCUAUUGCAUACGAUGCGCCCCGCUCUCCCGUAAAGACACGUCGACGUCAGAACUCGGCGCCCGAUCCAGCAUUGCCUUCGUUUGGCUUUUCUCCCGAGAUGCCCAGCACGCCGCUCACGCCCAACCGUCGUCGAUCCAACCGCGCCCCGAUGAGCACUGCCGACGCCUCGGACUCUCAGCAGCCCAGCUUGCCCGCCUCGAUCGACGACGUCGACUCUUGGAUGGACACUGUCGUAGCUCACUCUCACGAUCUCGUCUUUGUCCUCUCGCUCAAAGGCACCGUACUCUACAUGUCGCCCUCGGUCCAGCGCAUUCUGGGUUUCCACCCAGAAGAGAUCAUCGGUCGUCCACUUGUUGACUUCAGCCACCCUGCCGACAUUGGUCCCUUCUCACGCGAGCUCAAGGAAGCCAUCACGCUGCCCUCGGGCGACGAACAGGAUCCGGACGCGCACAACACCACUUCGGUCAAGGCAAACCGUCGCGUUGACCUCAUCAUGCGCAUGGCCCGCAAGGACGGCACAUUUAGCCUCAUCGAGACCACGGGUCGAGUCUCGGUCGAUCCUCCCAAGCACCGCAAGGUCGUCGUCUGCUCUGGUCGUCCCCACCCCGUUCCGAUGUUGCCCUGGAACGACGUACGUCAGGACCUAUUGACCACCGAGUUGUCCGCCUGGCUCAAGAUCUCGCACAACGGCAUCUUCCUCGGCGGCACCGGUCCAAUCCAGCAGAUUCUGGGUAUUGAGGAUGUGAACCUGCUUGGUCGUCACGUUCGUGACUUGCCCAUGGUCACCAGCUCGUCUGAUCUCCUCGAUGCUUUGCGCAGCGGUCGAUGCAUUUCGGUGCAAGAUCACUACGAGAGCGCCACUUCGGGUCAGAAGGCUCCCGUCAAGCUCACAGUAUACCCGUGGACGUCCAAUGGUCGAUCCAACUCGGUGUCGUUCGUGCAUGUUCAGCAGCAACCGGCAUCUGCCAUGGAAGCUUUGUCGGCACAACAGAGCCCGGCAUCACCGUCACGCAAGCGCAAAGCAUCCGACUACGAGCUAGACGCAUCCAAGCCUGUACAGCAGCAGCAGCAGCAGCAGCAAUCGACAGGCAGCGGCUCUCUAACUGGUGCUUCCUUCCAGUCCAACGGUGCCUCUGUCCCCAUCAUGUCGGCCAACGAUGCUGCCAACACCGUGUUUGCCGAGCUCACUGGGUUCCACAGCGGAUCAUGGCUCAUCGAGAUGCAGAGGCUCCAUCACGCUAACCGUAAGUUGCGUCACGAGCUCUCGGCUUUGACAAGACGAUCCCCGCAGACCGUCUCGGCUGAAGCCACUCCCAAGGUCUCGGCUUGCCCCUAG